AUGAAAUUUCACGUAUUUCUCUUUGUGCUCGCUGCGCUGGUUGCAGCUGCCAGCAUCAAUGCCGCCAACAUAGCUGUAGAGGAGGGUAUCGUAUGUCCCCGAAACCAGUCCGACACUUCUUUUGUGGUGCAAAUACCAUCGCCUAGCAACUGUGGCAUAUUCUAUAAGUGCGAUCGCGGACAACCAAGAGUGAAUAAAUGCCCGGAGGGCUUGCAUUACAGCAAGCGUUUAAUGGCCUGUGAUUUCCCAUCUCGAGCCAAGUGCUCCUUACAGCUGGCAGAGUAACAAGUCGAGCAUUGAAAAUCAUUGAAAAAUAAAAUUAAAUACAAUAUUAUUUUUAUUGUAAAUAAUACUGUAAAAGUAAAUCUAAAUUUAUAUUUGUAUUUAAGUAGCAAAACAAAUUUUAUAAUUAACACCAAUAAUAAGUAUUUUCUAACCAAAGGAUUUUUCGCUACCACUUCACAAAUAAAUUACUCUAAUCAAUUAAUUAAA